AUGACCAAGGCAGGCAUGAGCGAUACUUGGACACCAGCACCCAGCACCACAGCAAGUUGCGCAAACACAGACGAACCCAACUUUUACGUUAGCUUCGCGCGCAGCGAUCCCGUCGAAACUGUAAUCCACAAUGCCUGUGUAGCUAUGAUGCCCGAGUGCGCAUUCCGCGACCGCCUCCCCAACGGCAACUUUUGCACCGCAACUGUCGACUACCAGAUCGAUGGCCCAAAGACCUACAUACCGCCAAACGUCGAUGCGAGUAGCUACACCGAUGAGCAGUCCCAGUCUUCGCAGGUCAUAUUUGAAGUAAGGCCUCCUUUGGGAGAGGGAGAUGGCUCUACAGAUCCGCUUGUCUUUUGGAAGGUGCAGGAUUGCUAUGGGUAUUUUCAUCAGCUUCUAGAGGAGAUGAGUCCUGAGGGUUGUCGUGAUAGCGAGGGUUCGUUGUUGGGGGAGCUCGUUGUUGGGGAGGAGAGUUCGUUGGCUGGGACGAAGUUUGUUGUUUCGAUGGAUACGAUUGAUGGUUAG